ACAAACAGCAUCCCCAUCAGCCUCAUUGCAAGACACUCCAUAAUUCUCCCUUCGUAUCUACAAAGAACACACUACACCUUCUCACAAACUCUUUCGUGGAUCGAUCUCGCAAAAGUCACGGAGUGUAGACCACAGUCCGCUGUUGCAAUGAACGACGAAUCUUCCUGGCCGCAAAACUACGCGGAUGAACCAUACCUAAUCUCCGCUGUCGAAUAUCAGAUGAACACCGAUCUCGCAACGCUCUCGUCUCGUUCACUAUACGAUCCGAGCAACCCGCACAACCAAACUACGCCGUACCAUUCUGUCGUAGACCAAGACCAUGGCCUUGGCCCUUACUAUGCAGAAAGUAGUCAAGUCUCGCAGAUGUAUCCAGAACCCACCAGCCAGAACAACGUGCAAUAUUUUUCGUCACUGGCCACGCCAACAGCUUAUUCAGACAGCGCGCUCUACUCACAAACGUCUCAAUCUUACGCACUCACGAACAGUGUCCAGGCUAAAAUUUCCGAAGGACCGCCGUCCGUGUCGACUGGAACGCCAGCAUUUACAGAAGCAUCAUUCAACUCUGAAAAUGGUACGCGAGAAGGUAAAGAGGAGAGCGUUGCUAAGCUAUUGUAUUGUUGCCUGCUUGAAGCACCCCGCCACACACGCCUGCUCGGCGAAAUCUACGACUGGUUCAUUGAAAAUGGGCACAGCGACAAAAUUUCGCACGAUAGCCGGACCAACACCAUCCGCCACAAUCUCUCGAUCAAUGGAGUAAGAUGUAUAAACCCCUUUUGGUAGAUCUCUGUAUUGACCAGAAUGAUUUGUAGGAUUUCUUAAGUGUCGGAAAGGAAUCUGGCAAGAAGGCCGGCUGGGCUCUUACAGACGAGGCUCUUGUUCACGGAAGCAGGUCGAC